AUUCUGCGACUGAGCGAUCCAGAAGAGACGGUGUCAUGGCGGCUCCCGGUGUGAAGAAGCGUGGUCUUGAACAUUUGGACGAAUAUGAACCAAAACCAGCCAAGCACCUCCGAAGCCUCCACGACCGGAUGGCGGAGAGGAGACUCGUCGUUAUCCUGGAGGGAGCAUCGCUAGAAACAGUGAAGGUUGGAAAAACGUUUGAGCUUUUAAACUGCGACCAACAUAAAAAUAUGAUCAUCAAAAGUGGGAGGGACCCUGGGCGAAUAAGACCAGAUAUCACCCAUCAGUGUUUGCUAAUGCUGAUGGACAGUCCACUGAACAGGGCAGGCCUGCUGCAGGUUUACAUCCACACAGAGAAAAAUGCAUUAAUAGAGAUCAAUCCACAAACCCGCAUCCCAAGAACAUUUCCUCGCUUCUGUGGCCUUAUGGUUCAGCUGCUGCACAAGCUAAGUGUCAGGGCUGCAGAUGGUCCUCAAAAACUACUAAGGAUGAUUAAAAACCCGGUGUCUGACCACCUGCCCCCUGGCUGUCCUCGCAUAGGGACUUCCUUCUCUGCAGGCGAAGCCAUUUGCCCCCGAACUAUAGUUCCAGACGGACCUGCUGCAGUGGUUAUUGGAGCAUUUGCACAUGGAGCGGUGAAUGUGGACUACACAGAGAAGCUUGUGUCCAUAAGUAAUUACCCCCUCUCUGCAGCGCUUGCCUGUGCCAAGUUCUGCUCUGCCUUUGAGGAAGUGUGGGGUAUCCUGUGACGAAUAAUCCUUAAUAAACUGCAGGUGUCAACCGAACCAUCUGUUCAGAAGGGUUACAUUGACUUUAUUUCAGUGGACUAUAAACACUGGAUCACACGUCCAGUGGUGACAUGUAUCCCUCUGUACAAUGUGCUGUUGAACUCCCAAUAUGAUGGAGUUUGUAUAUUAAAAAGUUGGGUUUUAGUACCCAUCACUUUUUCCAUGUAAGUUGCGUUUUUUUGCUUUUAUUUCUACCAAAAUGAAUUUCACCAAUUUUAGAGAUUUCUGGA